AUCAAUAAUGAUCCAUAAUUAUCUACAAGCUAAUUCUCGUUUGAAGCGUUGACACCAUUUGGUAACAAAAACCAAAGAAAAUCACAGCCAAUUAUUUAUGAAUUUCAACUGGUUCUGUUUGAGUAAUUGAAGAUUUUUGGGGUCGCUCCAAUGGAGGAUUUCUCUCUCCCUCGCGAUUCCUAUUUUCUGGGUUUCGACAGUUCAACUCAGUCCUUGAAGGCGACAGUGCUGGACUCCAAUCUCAACAUAGUGGCAUCAGAGCUCGUCCAUUUCGAUUCCGAUUUGCCUCAUUACAAGACCAAAGAUGGAGUUUACAGAGACGCUUCCGUUAAUGGCAGAAUCGUUUCACCCACUUUGAUGUGGGUUGAAGCUCUCGAUCUCAUGCUUAACAAGCUUUCCAAUUCAAAUUUGGAUCUUGGCAAAAUAGCUGCUGUUUCUGGCAGUGGACAGCAACACGGUAGUGUCUAUUGGAAAAGUGGCAGUUCUUCAAUAUUAUCGUCACUGGAUCCCAAGAAGCGUUUGGUCGAUCAGCUUGGCGAUGCGUUUUCGACGAAGGAAUCUCCGAUAUGGAUGGACAGCAGCACCACGGAGCAGUGUAGAGAGAUAGAGAAAGCUGUUGGAGGAGCGUUGGAGCUCUCUCAGCUCACGGGAUCAAGGGCGCAUGAGAGAUACACGGGCCCGCAGAUUAGGAAGAUAUUUGAGACACAGCCGGAAGUCUAUCACAACACCGAAAGGAUCUCCCUCGUGAGCUCUUUCGUGGCAUCUCUUCUUAUUGGUGCAUAUGCCUGUAUUGAUGAAACUGAUGCUGCAGGGAUGAACUUGAUGGAUUUAAGGCAAAGGGUUUGGUCUGAUAGAGCUUUAGAGGCCACGGCACCUGGUCUGGAGCAAAAACUUGGAAAGUUGGCCACUGCCCAUGCUGUUGCUGGUUAUAUUGCUCCUUAUUUUGUCGAGAGGUUCUCGUUCAACAAGGAUUGCUUGAUCAUUCAGUGGUCUGGAGACAAUCCUAACAGCCUUGCAGGUUUGACCCUCAAUACCCCUGGGGAUCUGGCAAUCAGUCUUGGCACAAGUGACACAGUCUUUGGAAUUACUGACGAUCCUCAACCAAGAUUGGAAGGACAUGUUUUCCCUAAUCCUGUUGACACGAAAGGAUAUAUGGUAAUGUUGGUCUACAAGAACGGGUCUUUAACUCGUGAAGAUGUGCGAAACCGCUAUGCUGAAAAAUCUUGGGAUAACUUUAAUGCGUUCCUGCAGCAAACACAGCCUCUAAAUGGUGGCAAGAUCGGUUUCUACUACAAUGAGCAUGAAAUUCUUCCACCCCUCCCAGUUGGUUUCCAUCGUUACGUUUUUGAAAACUUCAAUGGCGACACUCUGGAAGGCCUGGCUGAACGUGAAGUAGAGGAAUUUGAUCCUCCUUCCGAGGUCAGGGCAUUAAUUGAAGGUCAGUUCCUGUCAAUGCGUGGUCAUGCAGAAAGAUUUGGAAUGCCUUCUCCUCCAAAACGAAUAAUAGCUACUGGGGGUGCAUCAACAAAUCAGAGCAUCCUCAACUCAAUAGCUUCCAUUUUCGGCUGUGAUGUCUACACGGUUCAAAGACCAGAUUCGGCUUCCUUAGGAGCAGCACUAAGAGCUGCUCAUGGCUGGCUAUGCAGAAAUAAAGGUACUUUUGUGCCCAUCUCAAGCAUGUACAAGGACAAGUUAGAGAAGACAUCUCUCAGCUGCAAACUUUCUGCCACUUCCGGAGACAAACAACUGGUUUCCAAGUAUGCUUUGUUCAUGAAGAAGAGAAUCGAAAUAGAGAACCGCCUAGUCGAAAGGCUAGGUCGUUGUUAAAAUCUAAUAUGGUUGGGGGCAUUCUUUUUUAGCCAUCAAAGAAUGCAUCAAUAGAUAAAAGCAUUUGAUUUGAGAAACAAAUGACUAAAUUGGUGCUGCGAUAAUUUAUUAGCUAAAUUAAUAAAGGUGAAAGUUUUACGUC